UUCUUUGAUGGAAACAAAAGAAAAACAAUACAACUACCAAGAACGUAAUUACGACGCAUUAUUUCUCAUUUAAUUAACAAAAAAGAAAAGCAAGACCAUGUCCGAAAUUAAGUCCAUGGAGCAUUCCACCUUAAAGGUGCCCUAUGAAGUUAUAAAUAAGAAAUUCAGGGUGGCCCAGAAAUCCGUCGACAGAGAGGUGGAUCAAAUACAAAAUUUUUCCAAAGAAGUUGAAAAGGCCUUGAUGGUUCGCCCAAUUAUUUCAGACGUCAGCAAACUGGUGGGCAGUGUGGUUCAGCGUCUCCAGGUAUUGAAACGUAAAUCGGACGAGGCCAUUGGCGAUGAAUUGAAUGCUAGUUUCAUCUGUAAGCGAAAAUUGGAGCAUCUGAAAGAAAUCGUUAAUCGAGACAAUAAUGCCAAUGAAGAGGUGUGGCAGGCUUCAAUUGACCAAUGGAAGCGUGUACGAAUGGACCGUAUGGUCAUAGAACAUUUACUUCGCAUGGGCUACUAUGAAACUGCCGAGCGUUUGGCUAAUUAUUCCGAUAUACGUCAUUUGACCAAUCUGGACAUAUUUCACAAUUCACGAGAGGUUGAGGAGGACUUAGCAGCUUUCAAGACCACAAAAUGUAUUUUAUGGUGUCUCGAUAAUAAAUCGAAGCUCAGGAAAAUCAAUUCGAACAUUGAAUUCGAUCUACGAGUGCAGGAGUUUGUUGAACUUAUACGCAAAAAUGAACGAACAGAAGCAGUAAUUCAUGCCAGAAAGUAUUUCCCAGCGUUUGAGAAAACCCAAAUAAAAGAGAUAUGCGAAUGCAUGGCCCUUUUGGCCUAUCAGCCAGAUACAACUAUAGAGCCAUAUAGAAGUCUUUUUGAUAUUAAUCGUUGGAAUAACCUAGUUUUGAAGUUUCGCAACGAAAACUACAGAUUGUUUCAACUAUCCUCCCAGUCCCUAUUGAGCAUUGCUGUCCAAGCUGGCCUUUCUUCAUUAAAAACACCACACUGCUAUUCAUUCAAUUGCAAAAAUCUAAACUGUCCAGUAUGCCAAGAAGAUUUUAAUCGUAUUGCCAAGAGUUUGCCAUACUCCCAUUGUGUACAAAGCAGACUGAUAUGUCGCAUUACGGGACUACCUUUAAAUGAACACAAUUUACCAAUGAUGUUGCCAAAUGGACAAAUUUUUGGGCAAUUAGCUAUUCCUGAGAUAACAAAAGAAAAUGGCACUGUUCUUUGUCCCAUAACGAAUACGAAAUUUACAAAUCCUAAAAUUGAGAAAGUUUUUGUGAUGUAAAAACUCGACCAAAUUUUACAUACAUAUUUAUUUCGAUAUCAUUUAUAAAACCUUGUAGACUUACAUACAUAAUACAUAUAUAUAAAGGGCCAUCAAUCUCAUGAAAUAUCACAGACCCCAUUAAUCGUAUCCCUAGAAUAACAUUAAAGUAUCGACUUCAAAUCCUUAGUUUCUAAGAAUUUACUGUUUUUUUUUUAAUAAAUAUAACAUGAAUUCAA